UUACAUCAUUUCCAACCAUUUCCGUUUGACCGGCGUUGGCAACAAUUAAGUUGAUUGAAGUUGAUCAGUUAACUUGCAUUACUGUUUAAUUGAUUAAUUUAGUUCUCCUUCUCUAAUUGGUUUACCUUUAAACUCUUCUUGGAUUUGUAACAAUGUCUCAGAAAUUAUAUGGAAAUUCAGAUGACUUUCGAGUCAAGAAAGUUCUCAUCGCCAGUCAAUACUCUGGGGCUAAAGUUGAACUUGUGGAAACCUCAAGCUCUAAGCAACUUCCCAAAGCUGUCACGAUCCAAAAGCUUCCUACUUUAGAGCUUGCUGAUGGUUCAUUCUUAUUUGAUAGUAAUAGUGCUGCCUUUAGUGUUGCGAACGCUCAGCUUAUUGGAACCACUGCUAAGGAUAAGAAUGAGGUUAUUCAAUGGAUUACUUGGGCUGAUAAUGACCUUUACCAUUCAGUUGCCACAUGGAUGUAUCCAACUCUUGGUUUCGUCGAAGCAACUAAGCCGUCGGUCGAAAGAGCCAAAUCUGAGGUGAAAUCAGCUUUAUCAGCAUUGAACAAUUUCCUUCUUCGUCACACUUAUUUCGUUGGAGAACGAAUCACCUUAGCUGAUAUUACCGUUCUUUCAAUUCUUCUUCCACUCUAUGAAAACAUUUUGGAUGCUAGACUUCGAGGUGAUUAUGGUAAUGUUCAACGAUGGUUUGAUACUUUAGUCAAUCAACCUCAAGUUAAAAAGGUUCUCGGUGAUGUUACCCUUUGUGCUGAAAGUCCAGUCUUCAAAGAAGGAGCUGUUAAAAAGGUAGAGAAAAAGGAAGAAAAAAAGGUUGAAAAGAAGAAGGAAGAGAAACCUAAGCAAGAAAAGAAGGAAAAGAAAAAGGAACCUGAGCCUGAAGAAGAUGAUGGCGAUGAUCUCGGUAUUCCUCAAGAAAAGGCCAAGGAUCCAUGGGCUGAAUUACCUAAAGGUAAUUUUGACAUGGAUGAUUUCAAGCGAUUUUACUCAAACAACCCAGAGGACAAGUCGAUCCCUUAUUUCUGGGAAAAGUUUGACAAAGAACAUUACUCAAUCUGGUACUGCGAAUACAAAUACGCAGAUGAGCUUACUCUAGUUUUCAUGAGCUGUAAUCUAAUCACUGGUAUGAUGCAGCGAUUAGAUAAGAUGCGAAAAUGUGCCUUUGGAAGUAUGCUUCUCUUCGGCGAAGACAAUGCCAGUACCAUCUCUGGAGUUUGGGUUUGGCGUGGUCAUGAUCUCGCCUUCAAGCUUUCACCUGAUUGGCAAAUUGAUUACGAAUCCUAUGAAUGGACAAAAUUAGAUCCCGAUUCAGAGGAUACCAAGAAAAAGGUUUCUGAAUAUUUCAAAUGGGAAGGAGAUUUUGAUGGCAAAAAGUUCAAUCAAGGAAAAAUAUUCAAAUAAAUUUCUACUUUCAUCUAUAAUAAUAAUAAUAAUUAAUAAACUCUUUUAACUUGGAA